GUAGCGAUAACAGCGAGACAGUGAAAAUGGAAGGUUGUGAUCGCUAGUUAGCUGUGCGAUUUCACCCGAAACUGGAAAGCUGUAGUUAAGUGUUGAAGGUACCAUGUCGCAUUUCUUCAUGUCGUCGAUGCAGAAGCUUGCAACAUUUAAUUCGUGACUGCGUGGUUCAAGAAAGUAGUUUUGAUUACUGUGAACAUCAGUAUGGAGGGCGUGAUAGAUUCAGUGGAGCAUCAGAGCACGGCCUUGUCAGAAGAGGCGAGCAUCAGGCCAACCCUAACACAGGUUAAAAAAUCAUGGGGCUUCAGGAGGACAACCAUUGCUCGUAGAGAGUUCAUAGAGGAGGUUGGUGACUUAACUCGCAGUCCACCACCUGUGCGGAAAAUCAGAGGUCGCAGAACUAGGGGGGCACACCAAAGCACUCCACAAACCCAGGCUGUUCAAAAGGCCUAGUCGUGCAACUAGAAGUGUUAUAGAUGAGCUUGAGUGGUCUGCUCCUUCCUCACCAGUAUCAGAGGACCCCAAACCAGCCCCAGAAGCUUCAGGAGGAGGGAAAUUUGACCCUAUCUUAUGGCAGGAUUUUGGGUCUGCCUUCCACACUGCAUUCUCAUUGCUUGGUGGGGAUGAUGGUUUGUCGAUGGGUGCAUCGGACACACUGCCACAAUCCAACAGAUUUGAAGCCACUCAUGCCAUAGAAAUAGCUCCACAGGCUACCUGUGAAACUGCUCUGCCUGAUAGUCUAGACUGUGCUGUUGAUACGGAAAUCUUGGAGUCUGUUGCUCCAGACCAUGUUGAGGAUGGUGACUUUGGCGAUAUGCUGUUGAUCUCGAGUCAAGAAGAAGAUAGUGAUGAUAUGACACUCAUACAGAUUAAGGAGCAGCUGGCAUCAAAGGGCAGGGUGACGGACACAAGAGCUAGAGGUGGCAAAGGUGGAAGAGGAAAGGCCAGAGGAAGGGGGAGAGGCAGAGGAAGAGGUAGAGGAAAAGGUAAAGGAAGGGGUAGAGGGAGGGCAAAGCCAGUUGACCUCGAGUCUGUUGUGAUAGACGAUGAAGAUAGUGAUGAACUGGUGGUGCUUGUUCGACCAGCUGGACAGCAGUUGCAAGAGGAAGACAAAGAAGGAAGUCCACUUAGGCCUGCCCACAUACAUGCAUCUCAGAGACUUCCUGAGCAAUCACCUUCAGAUUGCAUAGUCAUAGACACUGAUUUAGACCAGAUUAUUGAUGCUAUUCCAGGCCAGUAUGAUGAUGCACCAGAGGAGGAGGACGAACGAGACCACCAUGAUAAGGAUACGAAAUAUGUAAACGUAUCAGACAUCGAGGGUUAUGAUUCUAAUGCUCUCUACUGUAUCUGUCGGCAAAAAUCCAAUGGAAGGUUCAUGAUCUGCUGUGACAGUUGCCAGGAGUGGUUCCAUGGUGACUGUGUUGGCAUUACUGAGACACAGGGCCAUAAAAUGGAAGAAAGUAAGCAAGAGUAUAUCUGUCCUCCAUGCACUACCAGGAACUUGGCCCAGCUUGUAUCCGAGUCCCUUCCUCAGCCACAGCCUAAAUUUAGCCAUCCUGAAUUCAUGACACCAAGUCCUGCUGUUGAAGAAGGGGAGGCACACAGAGAGCAGAAAUCUCUCAAGGAGAGCGUUGUUGUGGAAGUACAGUUGCCUGUGAAAAUGGAGCCUGAAUCGGAAGUUGAGAUGGAGAUAGAUGAAUCUCUUCCUCUCUGCACUGGACCUGGGUGCUCCAAACAGGCUUUACCAGAAUCUGUUUACUGUGGAACUGACUGCAUACUUCAGCAUGCAGCUUUUACUAUGAAGUCGCUCUCUGGCACAAACGUGCCCGUGUCAAGAGGACAAACAGAGGAAAAUGCUUCUUCUAUAAAGGUUCACAGAUUGGGUAAGGUGUCCGAAAAGUCAGUAGGACAGCUGAAAGAAGAAUGUGAAGAGGAAAAGAUGAAGGAAGAUGAUGAAAAGCAGAAGGCGGCUGCGUCUCUCUUAGCCUGUGACCCCAGUCUCACAGAGGUUCAGACUGCUUCCCUACCAUCUUCUGAGUUUGACACAGCGUCGGAUGAGAACAUCAAUCAAGUAAAAGGCAACACCGAAGUUGUAGCCCCGACAAGCCAGUCUUCACAGGAUCCCUCUGCAGCUCUUUGUCUCUCUUCUGAACCUGCUACUGAGCCAUCUCCACCUCAGGUCCAAUCUCACAAAAAAGCAGUGGACUCAAUAAAGACUGAUUUGAAAAAACAAUCUGCAAGUUCAGAUUUUGUUAAACCACCCUCUCCAGCAAAACCAAGCCUCUCUAUUGCCACACAACCCCCAACCAAAUCUGGACCCAAACAUCAUGAAACUGGGGCUGUUUUGGUAACAAAGACCUCAUAUGUCAUACCAAAGAAGCAUCCUGGACCUCAGCCCACACUUGGCCAUACAUCAGCCGCAGCAUCGUGCCAGAAGCCCUCAUCAGCCCCAACUGGACUGAAUGAAACCCGAAAUCUGCCUGUGCCUCCUGCACCCAGUGCUCCUUCUUCCAGACCCUCUCAACCCAACAACCAGGUCAGACAGAGCAUCCAGCGCACGCUCACAAGCAUCCUCCUCAAAAGGGUAUGUGAUUGUGAGGAUUUGGACUUGUCUGAGAGUGAAAUCUCAAAGCUUGUCACAAGCAUUGAGAUGGAGAUGUUUGACGUGUUUCGCAACACAGACAGCAAAUACAUGAACAAAUACAGAACUAUAAUGUUCAACCUGAAAGACCCAAGAAAUAAGGGUUUGUUGUAUCGGUUUGUAAAUGGAGACAUAAGUCCCUUCAGGCUGGUCAGGAUGAGUCAGAAGGAUAUGCAGGCUACCAAGGCACCAGAGCCGAGCUCAAAAGAAAAAAUUCAGGUUAAAAAUGCACCUGCUAAAGUGGCAAGUUUGCUGCAGAAGCCUGAAGCAGUAAAAGUUGUCUUGCCAAGUUCGAAUCCUGCCAAACCUGACAAAAGCACGGAACAGAAGAAAAGCCUUCCUCCUCUUAAGACCAAAACAAACCAGCCAAGUCAGAGCAGUACUGUACCAGAUAUUCUCACCUGUAUGCUUAAUGACACCACAUCAGAACACAAAACUCACCUCUUUGACCUGAAAUGCAAGAUCUGUACAGGCCAGAUGCCAGCUGAAAGAGAGGAAGAACCCCCACAGAAAAAACCCAAAGUUUCUGAUUCAAGAGACAGGUGUGAAUAUUUUUCCGAACCUUCUUGGAGAAACUCUGCAGGAGGUAACUCACCUCUGCGAGCGCCACCUGAGUCACCUGACAUGGAUUUGCCAGUACUUCCCACAGUGGACUCUUCAUCCUGCGUUUCCAUUGACUCUCCAACCUUGACCAUUGUAGAAUCACCUGCAUCUCCAAUCAUGAAUUCUCCAGCCUCUCCAGUUUUAGAAUCUCCUGCUUCCCCUGUCAUAGAGUCUCCUGCAUCUCCAACUACAGACACAUCUAAAGAUGCCAUGCCAAAGAGAGCAUAUGCACCAGUUGUGAUUCCAGUCAUCUCCACUGUUACAGUUACAAGGCGUGAUCCCCGUACUGUGGCAAGCAGGUUCUCUGCUUUGUCUAGUGGCACACCUGCUCCCAGUAAUAAAGUCUCCAACCAGUCAUUGCCUUAUGCUUCUCUUAAAGAGAGUAGUUCUUCCCUGCCCUCAGUACCCGCACCUUCAAGACCAGCAAUGAGCACAUUACCUAAAUCUAUAUUAAUGAAGCCAUCACAUCCUACAGCAGAUCCCAGGCUCUAUGGUGCAUCUUCAAGGACGGUGAUCUCUGAAUCUCCAGCUGAUGGUGAGACUUCUCAGUUCCUAGCUAAACAAGACAUAUUGUGGAAAGGCUUCCUAAACAUGAUUACCAUCGCCAAGUUUGUGACUAAAGGAUAUCUGGUUUCUGGAUCUGCUGAAAAUUUGAAAGCGGAUUUACCUGAUACCAUACAGAUUGGAGGACGGAUUGUGCCUGAAACAGUGUGGGAGUAUGUUUCUAAACUAAAGACCUCAGUUACAAAGGAGUUAUGUGUGAUUCGGUUUCAUCCCGCAACAGAGGAGGAGGAGGUGGCCUAUGUCUCCCUAUUUUCCUAUUUCAGCAGCAGAGGGCGUUUUGGUGUGGCCUCCAAUAACAGUCGUUUUAUUAAGGACAUAUAUCUUGUCCCUCUCAGUGCAAAAGAAUCGGUGCCGUCCAUACUGCAACCUCUUGAAGGACCAGGACUUGAAAAGAACCGUCCCAAUCUUCUUCUGGGUCUGGCAAUUGUCCAGAAACCAAAACGUCCUGGAAGUUUGCCUCAAGAAACAGAAGAGAAAAGACCUAAAGUUCAUAUGACAAAAGACCCUAUGUGGAUCCCCAAACCUCCAGCCCUGUAUGGAUCUGACAAACUGGAGAUGUUCCAACCCUAUGAUCCAGAGACUGCUGCUAGCACCACUCCUCCAGAAUCACCUUCUUGCCCUGGAUCACCAUCAGAUUCUUCUUCUUCUGGCUCAGUUACCAUACCAUCGCUGUUAAAUGCCAUUAGAUUAACUACUUCUGUUUCUACGUCAGCCACUGGUACGUCCACACAAUCCUCCUUGAAUAACAUCUCUGACAAGAAUUCUACAGCUCCAUCAAAUGACAACACCCCUCUACAAACUAUUUUAAAAACUUUGUUUGGGAAUAAAAAGCAAACUGACUCAGCCAUCUCAUCUGAGGGAAAUGCUACAGCAACCACUGUAAGUGCUGAGAAGCUUCCAGGGUUCACUGAGGUUUCUGGAAAAAUGAUGGAUCCCAUUGUCCAACAGUAUGGGCAAAAAUCCAAGGUCAAAGAGAUAGAAGAUGAGGAAAAUUAUUUUGACCGACCUUAUGAUCCAGAAGAGGAGUAUGAUCCAGCAAUGGCAUAUGGAGUGAUUGCUCCACAUAACAUGGAAAAAAAUAAGGCCCAUAGUCCUCCUCCAUCUGGCUUUGUGGAAGAUGAUGUUGCCUAUGAUCCUGAAGAUGAGUCUAUCUUUGAAGAUAUUCAAAGUGAUGUUCUAACAAAAUAUGUUGCUCCAACUCAUACAUCAGAUUCUUCAUCAUCCCUAGUCCCAAUUUCCACCCAGGUUGCCACACCAGUUUCAGCCUCCACCCCAGUACAAGUUUCCACCCCAGCUGCAGUGCCACAGAACCUCCCAAUAGGCACUGUAGUUGUGUCAGCUGCAACACUGACUGAACAGCAGCGGAUGCUUGAGGAACUUAAUAAGCAGAUUGAAGAGCAAAAACGUCAGCUAAAAGAGCAAGAAGAGGCACUACGUCAACAGAGAGAGGCUGUGGGAAAAUUCAUGGCUCAUUUUUCUGUUUCUGAUUCCCUUAUGUCUGCCCCAGCAAAGUCUCUUCCUCUCAGUCAACUGCCAUCUUUGCAGAGUGGUAUAAUGCAAGCAGAGUCAACACCUUUAGAAUCAGCAGACAAUUCCGACAUUACACAGAUGUUGGACAGUCCAAAUGUAGACUCACAAGCUGUUAAGAUGGAUGAUAUUUCCACCUAUCCUGAUUUGAAAAAUGAUACAAAUACUGCUACAGAACAAUAUGACACGACUGAAAAUGUUAAGGAAAGUGACAAGUUGUCUUCAGCUGGGGAGAUUGACGAUUCUGAUAUAGCUUAUGAUCCAGAGGACGAGUCACUUUUUAAUGAAAUUCAAGAGGAUGUAUUUCAAGGAGAGCGUGUAAAGACUCGGGAUUCGUCUUUGACUAGACCAUGCCAUAGAUCUAGCCGUAAGGCUACCUCUCCAAAUGCACACCACAGUAGAAAGCGGAGUCAUCAUGAAAGGGAUGGCAGAAACAGCCCCUCAAAAAGAUCUCAGCGACGUUCUCCUUCAUAUUCCCGGAGGCGGAAAGAAAAAGAUAGACACCGAAAAAGUGAAAGGGACAGGUCAAGACACAGAGUGAGAGAUCAGUCUGAACGCCAGAGUCACCAUCAUAAAGAACAUUCUUUGCGCCGGCAUUCCCGUGGACGUAGAAGAUCCCCAUCAUCCCCGAGAAAAAAACGCACUACUUCCCCUUCAUGGAGACAUCAUAGAAAAAGGUCUCCUCAUCUUCUUGACAGAUCAAAGCAUGUAAAUGUCCAUGGUAACACAGAGCCUGUCGUUGGAUUAUUUGCAGACAGUAACACACCACCAUACAACCCUACUUCCAUUAAAAAUGACCCAGAUGGACACUACUUAAAACAUAAUGUUGAGAUUUCAACUCCACAGCCAAACAGCCCUGUCAGAGACUUUUCCCCAUGUCCUCAUAAACCAGAGAUGUCAAAUUCUAUGGUGCUUCAGAAACAUUCAGUAAAUGACCGUGAUGAUAAGGACAAUGGUUCCUCUGAGCAGAUGGACAAGCUCCAGCAACAGAAAAUAAUGAUAAAAAAUGAAAUUGAAAAUACAGUUCCAUUAAGAGAAAUUGAGCCUCCCAUUCGAGAUUCUCCUGAGAGCCCUGAUCCAGACCCACGGUUUGUAAAGUCCAGCAGCUUUGAAAAUGGUGAGUCAGAUGACAUAGAAAAAGUCCAAGAACACGAGACAGGUAACAGUGGCUCAUUUCCACUUGUGAAACUUGAAGACAAUUUUCUUCCUGUUGUUGGUCAAACAGCAAAUUACAAUGUCCAGUUACCUACUAUUGGGGGUUUAGUAUCAAACCCAGGUCCAGGUUUUAGAGACCAAGGUAUGACAGAGACAAAUAAAGAUAUGGAAGGGAAAUGUUCAGACCAACAACGUCCAGAAACACAUGGGCAAAGCGAAGGACAUUCAGGUUCAGCAACAGGCAUAGCUGUUUGGGGUUCAGGGCCAGACAUGGCAGUACCCAAAACAGUUUGUUCUGGAGCAGUUUCAAGUACACAAAAUAAUUUCCCAAAUAUGGAAGGUAUAGAAUCCCUAUUAAGCAGACAAAGCAUAUGGGGACAAGGAAAUUUUAUAAAAGAGCAUGGAAUGAUGGGUCCAGGAUUGGAUAUGAGUGCAUCAAGGACAACACAGGACAUAAUAAGGUCAGGAAUUAGAGAUUCAAUACCAAAUAUGGCAGAGUCUGUAGUUAAGGAUUCACAAAUGAAUAUGAGAGAAGCAGGCAUUAGAAUUUCAGGAUCAAGUAAUUUAGAUCCAGGUAUGCAUCACCAAAGCCCCAACAGUUGUGAUCCUGGAAACAUAGCUGUAAUCAGUCAAAGGACAAAUGUACAAAAUGUAGCCCCGGGAUGUAAAGCUCAAGGAUCAAAUACAGCAAAUGAAGCAGAAAUAAAAGACCAGAAACAAGUUCUGACUAUUACAAAAGUACUGAUUACUGGAUCAGACCGGCCGAAGGAAGUGGGAGAGCCAGUUUUGAAGGGGGCAGAUAAUUUGGAACCUGAUAAAUGGGACGCAGAUUCAAGAGGCCCUGUAUCAACUGUGUGUUAUGCAAUCCCAGGUACUAGAGGGAUUGCUCUAGAAGAUGAGAAAAAUGUCGAUGCUAGUUGUCUCCAGCAUGGUCAGGGGACUGGGGAGCAUAAAUCACAAGCAGAGCUAUCACACAAAAUGGCAGGAUUUAUGGGUGCAGGCAGAAAUACCUCUUUAAGUGGUCAACAGACCAAAGAUGAAAGUCCAAAUGCCGACCACAGAGAUCUGACUAAUAAAACACAGUUUGCAAGUGUGACUGAGGCAGUUCCAAAAAUUAACAUUGAUAAAGAAAUUAUGCAAGACAUAUCUGUGAAGGGACAAGAAUUAAAGAUAAGUGAUGAAAGUAGUAAAACUAACAGUUCCACUAUUAUACAAGACACCAGGGGUCUUGGGAAACAGUCCAUAAAGCCACAGUUGGAUAGUGAAAUCAAAGAUAUAAGUGGCUUAGAUGCAACACUCCAUAAAAGUAAAUCAUGUGAAACAAGGUCAGACAGAGGUUCAGUCACUCAAGGUAUAAACAUGCAGGGUCUGUUACUUGAAAAAAGAAAUGACAUGACAGAUCAAAAAGCCAGAGGUCCAAGUCUAGACAUUAGAAAUCCAAAUGAUUCAGAACCAGCUGUUAAUGUUCCUGACCUGGGUCUUGGUCUGAGAAGUCCGAGGAGUCAAAAUAAAUGUCAUGGCCCACAUACGAUGGACUUGGAUUGGAGUACUCCAGGACAAGAUAGAAUGGAUAAUUGGCAAGAGCCUGGAAGGGGAGGAUUAGGUGUAGUCAGGCAGAGCCCAUCUCUAAAAUGUGACUUGCGGAGCCAGCAACCUGACAGGAGAGAUGCAAACUUGGAUAACAUGUGGCCUGACAGACAAGGUGAUAGAGGUCUAGAAUUCAGACAACCAGAUUUUGAAAUGGGAGGCCCAAACACUGGUCAAACCAUGUCUGUAGUGGGAGAACCAGAUGUAGAGGGUCAGGUGUGUAAUCGGAGAGGACCAGAGGAUAUAGAAUUUAACAAAGCAGGUCCUGAAAUAAGGGGUCCUGCGCCUGACAGAGGACUAGGAGGUCGAGAUUUCAGGAGGACAGGGCCUGAAAUGAGAACUUUGGCAAGGGAGAGAUUUGGGUUAAAUUGGAGAAGCAGAGAAGGAUCAGAUUUUAGGGAACCAGAGACUGAAUUGAGAGGUCUAGGGAUGGUUGUUCCUGAGCCUGACAUUAGAGGUCCAGGAUGUUCUGUUUUGCAAAGGCCAGGGCAUCAAAUGAAAUGUCCUACAGGAGAGGGUCCUGGGAAUGACAGGAGAAGACUAAGAGGUCCAGAUUUGAGGAUAUCAGAGCAAAAUAUGAGAGGUCCUGCAUUGGAGGGCCCAGGACCUGAUAGAAGAAGACAAGGAUGUCCAGAUACAAGGGAAUUAGAGCCUGAAAUUAGAGGUUUGUCAGUGGGUGGUCCUGGUCCUGACAGGAGAGGACCAGGAGGUCCAGAGUUCAGGAGGCCAGUGCCUGAAAUGGGACGUCCUGCAAUAGAGGGAUCUGGGCCUGACAGGAGAGGACCAGGAGGGCCAGAGUUCAGGAGGCCAGUGCCUGAAAUGGGACGUCCUGCAAUAGAGGGAUCUGGGCCUGACAGGAGAGGACCAGGAGGCCCAGAUUUCAAGGGACAAGAAAAUGAAUGGCGAGCUCCACUUGUGGAUCAUCCUGGCCAUGACAGAAGAGGACCAGGGUGCCUCGAUUUCAGAGGACUAGGCCCUGAAAUGCUGUGUACAGCAGUAGCGGGCCGUGGGGAUGAUAUGAGAGGACAAAAAGAUCCAAAUUUCCACGAACCAGGGCCUCAAAUGAGAGUCCCAGCAGUGCAGGGUCCUAGACCUGACAGAAGAGGGCCAGGGGUCCCAGGUUUCAGGAGACCAGGGCCCGUAAUGACAGGUACAGCAGUGGAUGAUCAUGGACCUCAUAGGAGAGGACCAAUAAAUUCAGAUUUAAGGGAAUUAGAGUCUGAAAUGAAAGGCUCAGGAGUGGAGGGCUCUGUGCAUGACAGGAGAGGACCUGGGGGUCCACGUUUCAGGGCACUAGACAAUGAAUUGAUGGGUCUUGCUGUCAAGCCUGCUGGUCCAGACGGGAGAGGAUCAGCAGGUCAAGAUUUCAGGGAGUCAGGACCUGGAAUCAGAGGUCCAUCAGUGGAGGGCCCAGGGUAUGAUGGGCCCAGUUUCAGAGGACCAGAACAUGAAAGGAGAGACACACUUAGGAAUCGACAUGAGGUUGAUAGGAGAGAGAAUGACAGAAGACCACCACGAGGUCUACACUCUGGUGAACCAGGACAUGAAUGGCAGUCUUCAUCCAUAAUUGGUCCUGGACAUCACAAAGGAGAACCAGGAGGUCCAGUUAUGAGAGGGCGAGGGCAUGAAAGAAGAGGUCCACCUAUAGGCAGUCAAGGACCUGACAGGAGAGGACCAGGAGAUCCACACAUGAUUGGACAAGUUCAUAACCAAAGAGGCCCACAUUUGGGUGGUCCUAAGCGUGACAUAAGAGCUGAAGGUACAGACACUGGUCCGGACAGAACAGAACUUGGUAUGAAAGGAUCAGGGCUUGGUGGGAGAGGACAAGGAGAGCUAGAAUUCACAAGACCAAGACUUGCUCGAGCAGGGCCAGCUAUGCGAGUCUUGAGGCCCAAAAGGGCAGGCCCAUUAGGUCCACAUAUGGGGAGGGCAGGGCUUCAGAGCUUGAUUCCAAACAAAAAUAUUCCCUGUCUUAACAGAACAGCAUCAGAAGGUUUAGACAAUACGAGACUGGGCUAUAAUAUGAGAGGACCAGGUACAGAAGAUAUGGGGCCAAGGGAAGAUCAUGAAGGUCCAGAGUUCAGGGAACAUAGUCUGGAAGGUAGACCACAAGAUGUGGAGAGUGCUGAAUAUAAUCUUGAAGGAGGCCAUUUCAGAGGUCCGCGGCUACAAAGAAGGCGCCCAGUUGUGGAGGAUUCUGUGCCUGAUAGAAAAGGUCAGUAUUUCAGGGAAAGGGAAGCUGAAAUGUCAGGACCUGAGAUGGGAUGCUCAGGACCUAAUGGAAAUAAUCCAAGAGGUCCUGGCUAUAGGGGGCCAGGUCCUGAGAAUAGACCUACUGACAAUGAGGGUCCAGGGACUUGCAGACAAGAACCAGGAGAAGCAAUGUACAGGAAACCUUUAAGGAGAGGCCCAAAUAUGGAGGCCCCAGGACCUAAUUGGAGGGUACCAGGGGGUACAGGUUGCACAGGCCCACGAAUUGGUCAGAAAGGUGAAAAUGUACAAGGUCUGAGAUGUGAUCGGAGAGGCUACAGAGCUGAUUUGGUAGAUGAAUCAUUUACAGAGUCUGGGCCUUUCCAAGAAAGUUUAGAUGUGGAGGGUCAAUAUCGUGAUGACACAGGUCCUGGUAUGAGGGAACCAAGACCCAUUAGGAGGAACACACACAGUAGAGGACCAGGGCCAGAUAUGAGUGAGAUAAAUAAGGGAGCCAGAUGGAAAGCUCCAAAUUUCAAUGAUUCCACACCAGAUAACAGUGGUAUAGACACAGAUGGACAGGUACCCAGUAUGGAAAUUUUAGGAAAUGAAGGGGAAUAUUCAGGGGAUGAAUGGAAAAGACAAGAUUCCAGGGACCAAGAGUCGUUUCAAGAAGGUCCAGCUAUGCACUGCCAUGAUGAUGUCAGGAAAUGUCCACGCAGUAAUUGGAGGGGGCGAGGAAAUAUGAGGCCAAGUCCUCUUCUGAAAAACCCAGGCAUGCCUUUCUCCCGAUCUAGGAGAAGAGGUCCAGAAGAUGAAUGGAGUGGUAGCAGUUUCAGAGAAACAGAGUAUGUCCAGGAAGAGCCAGAGAUGGUAUCCUCAGAGCAUGACUGGGGAGGUCAUGAAAAUGAAUGGCAAGAACCUGAUACAGGGGAACAUGUGUCAGAUAGACAGCAACCCGGGCCAGAUUUUAGGUGGGAAAGAGCUAGAGGCAGAAGAGGACAAGGACGUAAUGGGAGAGGCUUAGGUAUGAGAGGACCAAGGCCAGAUAUGAGAAGAGAUCAUGAUAUGGAAAAUAACUGGAGGCAGCCAGACCCAGAGAGUAAAGAGAUGGAGAUGGCGGAUUUUGAUAGAAGAGGCCCAGUGUCUGAAAAUAGAAAUUCAAACAUAGAGGGCACAUGGACUGAAAGACAAAGCUCAGACCGUAGGGGGAUGGGAUCUGAAAGACGAAGUCGAGGACUGAAACGUUUUGGACCAUGUAGGCAGAUAGCUGAGCAGGAUUUUAAGAGGGAAAAGAGAGGCCCGGCUUUAAGAAGGGGGCUAGUAUCUGACAGGCACAGUGGAGAAAUAAGAUGUGAGCCUGACACAUGGGGAACAAGUACUGAGGGUGUCGGGCCUGACAGAAGUCAUUCAGACAUGGUGAACCCAGGGUUAGACACAAGGAGAUGUAAACCUGAGCUAAGGGAAGACAUGCAACCAGAUAUAAGGGGCCCAGGGCAAGAUGGGAGAACACUAAGGAGGAAAGGAAUAGAACCAGGGCAGAGGGGUCAGCCAAGCAUUAAUGAAAGGAGAGUCCCAGAGCUGAGAAAUUCAGAGAUGUAUACAUCUCCUCUUUUGGAUAGUCCAAGGAUGUCUGUAAAUGACAAAUUCAGCUCUGAGACUCGCAGAGGUUCACUGGCUAUCAGGUUUGAAGGCCCUACUGGUCCACAUGUGAAA